CUGACAAUCACAAUCUCAAUCCUUCGGUGGCCAGUCGAGGUGGCCCCAUGGGGUAUUGUCGGGUGAACACGUUAUAAACCCCCAUCAACACGGCAACACUUACAAUGGAACAAACUGUAUACAAGGUGCCUUUCCUCUCCAGCCAAUAGUAAUCGAGCGCCACUUUCACUCUACUACGUCAUUGACUUUUUGCAAUUCACACUUGGCAACAGUAUGACAACAAUACAACGAGAUCCAAGUGUGACAAUGAUGCAUUUAUCACUAUUAACGACAAUCCCCCUCUCAAAAUGGCGGAUAACUCCAUCGCCAACAACCGCUCCACCUUGAAAGAGUUCUUGGCGUCCAUCGCAACGAUACAAGGAGACCUAAGCAACAUAACCGCGCCCCCAUUCGUCCUCGCACAGCAAUCCACCGUAGAACUGCCGCAAUACUGGGCAGACCACCCACUACUUUUCGUCGCUCCAGCGCACGGGAAGUCGCCCGAGGAGAGAGCACUCCUCGUCCUGAAAUGGUUCCUUGGGUCGCUGAAGAAUCAGCAAUACGCUGGUCGCGAUCCCUCCGAGGGCGUCAAGAAGCCUCUCAAUGCAUUCCUGGGCGAAUUGUUCCUAGGGAGCUUCGACGAUGAAGAGCUGGGAGAGACGAGGCUGGUAAGCGAGCAGGUCAGCCAUCAUCCACCUGUGACGGCCUGCUACCUAUGGAACGACAAGCAUGGGAUCCGGGCGGAAGGAUUCACCUGUCAAGAAAUCACUUUUACAGGAAGCGUCAACAUCAAGCAGAAAGGCUACGCUGUUGUCCACAUUGAUGAGCUCGACGAGGACUACCUAAUCCCCGUUCCCAAUGUUAAAGUGAAAGGAAUCAUAAGCGGGUCGCCGUAUCCGGAAUUGAGUGGGACGUAUUCUAUCAUUUCAUCAACUGGCUUUGUGUCUGAGGUCAAGUUUGAGGGGAGGGGGAUCUUCUCUGGAACUAAGAACGGUGUUGAGGCGAGGGUGUUUCAUGUCGACAGUCCACAGCAGAACAUCUAUACCGUAGAUGGUCAGUGGAGCCAGUCGUUCACCAUUCAAGACCAGAAUGGGGAGGAGUUGCAAACCUACGAUGUCGAUACGCAUACUCUGUCCAUUCGGGUCCAGGAGGUUUCGGAGCAAGACCCAUGGGAGUCGAGGAGAGCGUGGGGUGGUGUCAUUGCGGCGCUGGGGCGAGGCGACGUGAAAGGCACCAGCGACUCAAAAUCCGUCGUGGAAGAAGGCCAGAGGAAUCUGCGGAAAGAAGAGCAGGCAAAUGGAGGAGAAUGGCAACGCGUAUUUUUCCGACGACAGGACAGCGAUCAAAGGUUCGAAAAGUUGUCUGGCAUGAUGAAGUCCUCGUUUGAGGUGGAGCCGAAAGGAGGCUUGUGGAGAGUCGACCGAGACGCUGUUGCCAACACUACGAAGCCUUAUCAUGGCGAUCUUUUGCCGACUGGGGAGAGAUUAAAUGAGUCGACUGCUGGUGAUACUUCGAGCCAAGUCAGGUCAGACGAACAUCAGAUCAAUGGAGUCCAGACAAUGCAACAAAAGACCAGCGAGGGCCAAGCGGGUCAAGUGGUCGAGGAAGAUCCCAAACAAGGAGGAACCGGACCCGACGACGUCAGCAAUGUUAGUGAUGGCAUCCUGGAGAAAGAGAAGCUGGAGAAUAUCCAGGUUGAAGCCUUUCUUCGUGCCAAAUACAGUUCCGUCAAGAAAUAAUUGCAUUGCAAUCACGUGCACUAAAGUCUUGGCUUAUAUAUUUAUUAAUCCUCAUAAUGUAUAGUACUACCAUGGAACACAUUUUAAGCAC